AUGGCACCUGCUGCAUCGAAGCCCGUGAUACCCCAGAACGACAAUGUCGCCCACGCACUCGCCGGUGCCGGUGGUGGUAUCCUGUCCAUGGUCCUCACCUAUCCUCUGAUUACCCUUUCCACACGCGCCCAGGUUGAGUCCAAGCGCGCCGACUCCACCUUCCUGAAAGCCGUCCGCCAGAUCACCGCCCGCGAGGGCAUCUCGGGUCUUUACGCAGGCCUGGACUCGGCCUUGUUCGGCAUAUCCGUGACCAACUUUGUCUACUACUACUGGUACGAAUGGACCCGCGCCUUCUUCGAGAAUGCCGCCGAGAAGGCCGGCCGCGCCUCCAAGAAACUCACGACGGUCGAGAGCAUGAUGGCUGGCGCUCUGGCUGGCUCCGCCACCGUCAUCAUCACGAACCCCAUCUGGGUCAUCAACACGCGCAUGACCACGCGGAAGCACCAGGCUGAGGAGGGCGAGAAGGAAACGCUGCCGGGAGGAAGCACAAAGCCCAUCAAGGCGCCCACCACCAUCGGCACGCUCAUGUCGCUCCUGAAGAAGGAAGGCCCGACCGCCCUGUUCGCAGGCGUGCUCCCGGCCCUUGUCCUCGUCAUCAACCCCAUCCUCCAAUACACACUCUUUGAGCAGCUCAAGAACGUGGUCGAGAAGCGCCGGCGGGUGACCCCCACGGUGGCCUUCUUCCUCGGCGCCCUGGGCAAGCUGUUCGCCACCAGCAUCACCUACCCGUACAUCACGGUCAAGUCGCAGGCCCAUGUCGCCGGCGGCAGCGGGGAUGGCGCUAAGAAGGAGGGCAUGUCAGGCGCCAUCCGGAGGAUCGUCAAGGAGGAGGGCUACGCUGGCUUGUACAAGGGAAUCGGCCCCAAGGUCACGCAGAGUGUCCUUACGGCCGCGUUCCUCUUCGCGUUCAAGGAUGUCCUCUACGAGCAGACUGUGAGGCUGCGACAGCGCGCGGCGACCAAGGCGCUGGCCUGA